AUGUGGCGCUGGAGCGAUCUGCUCGACCGCGCCGGCCAGGCCGGCGACGCGGACCUCCGGGCCCGCCAGUCCCAGUGCGACCCGGACGAUGUCAUCAAUAUCCAGUACACCUCCGGCACCACCGGCAACCCCAAGGGCGCGAUGCUCACCCACCACAACCUGGUCGCCAACGCCCUGUACGUCGGCGACGCCAUGGAGAUGGACGAGCGCGACCGCCUCUGCAUUCCGGUGCCCUUCUAUCACUGCUUCGGAUGCGUCAUGGGCAGCCUCAACUCCGUCGUGCACGGCUCCACCAUGGUCAUCCCCGCCGAGCACUUCGAUCCCCUCCAGACCCUGCGCGCCAUAUCCACCGAGCGCUGCACCGCCGUCCACGGUGUGCCCACCAUGUUCAUCGCCCAAUUGGGACACCCCGACUUCGCCGACUUCGACCUCGCCUCCCUGCGCACCGGCAUCAUGGCCGGUUCUCCGUGCCCUAUCGAGGUGAUGCGUGAGGUCAUCGACCGCAUGGGCGCGGACCGCAUCACCAUCGCCUACGGCCAGACCGAGGCUUCCCCGGUCGUCACCCAGACCCUCGCCGACGACAGCAUCGAGCGCCGCGUCUCCACCGUGGGCAAGGUCCUGCCCAAUGUGGAGGUUCGCCUGGUUGAUCCCGACAGCAAUCAGCUGGUGGAGAUCGGCCAGCAGGGCGAGCUCCAGACCCGCAGCAGCAUGGUGAUGAAGGGCUACUUCAACAUGCCCGAGGCUACCGCCGACGCCAUCGACGCCGCCGGCUGGCUGCACACCGGCGACCUCGCCACCGUCGAUGAGGACGGCUAUUACAAGAUCACCGGCCGCCUCAAGGACAUGAUCAUCCGUGGCGGUGAGAACGUCUACCCCCGCGAGAUCGAGGAAUUCCUGUACACCCACCCGGAGAUCGACGAUGUGCAGGUUAUCGGCGUGCCCGACCAGCGGUUCGGCGAGGAAGUCAUGGCCUGGGUCCGCCUCAAGCCCGAUGCCGACGUCACCGAAGAAUCAAUCCGCGACUUCUGCCGUGGCAGGAUCGCCCACUACAAGGUCCCCCGCUACGUCAAGCUCACCGACGAAUUCCCCAUGACCGUCACCGGCAAAGUCCAGAAGUUCCUCAUGCGCGAACAGUCCGUGGAGGAACUCGGCCUCCACGCCGCCGCCAACGUGCAAACCGCCUAA